CUCCCUCCCGGUUUUCCGGUCGCCAUGACGACCGGGCGGCCCGCAACGGCGGCGGAGGCUAGUCGUUGAGGCCGCGACCCGAGCCAGGCCCCAGCGGAUCUCGCCCGACUGGGCUGGGCCCGCGCCAGCCAGAGACCCAGCUCCAUCUGAACAGGGACUAUGAGAAAAUGGUCGGGCAAACGAGGAGUAAGCUCAAAGAAGCGGCUUCAGAGCCGGUGCAGUCCUCGCGCUCCGUGCAGUCCCGGCGGCGGCGCCGGGCCACCGGAGCCGGGGAGCCGGAGAUGGAGGAGCCGCAGGCGGAGACGGAAAAGCGGCAGCCGCCUUUGCCGGUAGGCGGGGGGAACCUCCCGGGGGGCUCCCGGGAUUACUCGCCGCGGAGGACCCGAAACCUGAACGCGCAGAAUUGCAUGCAAAUGGAAGUGGUCGCCAGGACCCUUCUUCUCGGCCGCUUCCAGUUCCUCAGCUGUUUGCUGGAGCAGCUCCGGGAUAAGGUGCUGCAGUUUCGGAGACGACAGGUCAACAGCAGGACCUCCUUCGGCAUAGCUGCCUUUGUGGGAGUUUUGCACUGGAUGCAUUUAGUAACACUUUUUGAAAAUGAUCGUCAUUUUUCUCACCUCUCAUCUUUAGAACGGGAGAUGACUUUUCGAACUGAAAUGGGACUUUAUUAUUCCUACUUCAAGACCAUUAUUGAAGCACCUUCAUUUUUGGAAGGACUGUGGAUGAUUAUGAAUGAUAGGCUCACUGAAUAUCCCCUUGUAAUUAAUACAGUGAAACGCUUCCAUCUUUAUCCAGAGGUGAUUAUAGCCUUCUGGUAUCGUAUAUUUGUGGGAAUAAUGAGUUUAUUUGGGCUAGAAGCUAAGACCUGCUGGAAUGUCACCAGAGUAGAACCUUUAAAUGAAGUUCAAAGUUGUGAAGGAUUGGGAGACGCUGCUUGCUUUUAUGUUGCUGUGAUUUUUAUUUUAAAUGGAGUAAUGAUGGGAUUGUUCUUCAUAUAUGGUGCAUACCUGAGUGGGACUCAACUUGGAGGUCUAAUUACGGUAUUAUGCUACUUUUUCAACCAUGGAGAGGCUACUCGUGUAAUGUGGACACCACCUCUCCGGGAAAGUUUCUCAUAUCCAUUUCUUGUACUUCAGAUGUGCAUUUUAACUUUGAUUCUCAGGACCUCGAACAAUAGCAGAAGACAUUUUAUUGCACUCUGUCUUUCCAAUGUUGCUUUUAUGCUUCCCUGGCAGUUUGCUCAGUUUAUACUUUUUACUCAGAUAGCUUCAUUAUUUCCCAUGUAUGUUGUGGGGUACAUUGAGCCAAACAAAUUUCAGAAGAUCAUUUAUAUGAACAUGAUUUCAGUUCUCCUUUGUUUUGUGUUGAUGUUUGGAAAUCCAAUGUAUUUAUCUUCUUAUUAUUCAUCAUCUUUGUUAAUGACAUGGGUGAUAAUUCUAAAGAGAAAUCAAAUUCAAAGAUUGGGAGUGUCUGAACUCAACUUUUGGCUGAUUCAAGGCUUUGCCUGGUUGUGUGGAACAAUUAUUUUGAAAUUUCUGACAUCUAAAAUGUUAGGUGUUUCAGAUCAUAUUCGCCUGAGUGACCUUAUAGCAGCCAGAAUCUUAAGGUAUACAGAUUUUGAUACCUUAAUUUACACCUGUGCUCCCGAAUUUGACUUCAUGGAAAAAGCGACUCCAUUGAGAUACACAAAGACAUUAUUGCUUCCAGUUGUUAUGUUGAUUACUUAUUUUAUCUUUAAAAAGGCUACUCGUGAUAUUUUAUGUGUCUUAUCUGCAAACACCUAUCAAAGAAAACAGCUCCUUGAACAUGGUGAGCUGAUUUUUCACACAUUGCAACUGUUAGCGUUCACUGUCCUUGCCAUUUUAAUUAUGAGGCUGAAGUUGUUUCUAACACCUCACAUGUGUGUUGUAGCUUCCUUGGUGUGCUCUCGACGGCUCUUCGGCUGGGUUUUUUGCAGAGUUCGCUUUGAGAAUGUUAUCUUUGGCAUUCUAGUAGUGAUGUCAAUACAGGGUUGUGCAAACCUCCAUAAUCAAUGGAGCAUAAUAGGAGAAUUUAACAAUUUGCCUCAGGAAGAGCUGAUACAAUGGAUCAAAUACAAUACUAGACCAGAUGCCGUUUUUGCCGGCGCCAUGCCUACAAUGGCCAGUGUCAAGCUGUCUACCCUUCACCCCAUUGUGAAUCAUCCGCAUUAUGAGGACGCAGGCUUGAGGGCCCGGACAAAAAUAGUUUAUUCCACCUAUAGUCGAAAAUCUGCAAAAGAAGUGAGAGAUAAAUUGUUGGCGUUACAUGUGAAUUAUUACGUCUUGGAAGAGGCAUGGUGUGUUGUGAGAACUAAGCCUGGGUGCAGUAUGCUGGAAAUUUGGGAUGUGGAAGACCCUUCCAAUACAGCUAAUCCUCCCUUAUGUAGCGUCUUGCUCACGGACCCGAGACCCUACUUCACCACAGUAUUUCAAAAUAGUAUGUACAGAGUAUUAAAGAUUAACUGACAACGAGACUACCUAUCACACUGUGAUGCAAAGAGGUGUGUAGAAAACCAUCACUUUGGCUUAUUUACAUUAAAAGAAAAUCACAAGCUUUAAUAAGGGAUCCUUAAAAAGAAGAUGAUAAAAAUAGUUUAGUUAUUCUGAUUACUAAAAGGUAAAUUGUUUCAUUGUUUUCCAUUGAAUGUCAGCCUUAUUAAGCUUGUUAUUUAAAGGACGAAAUCAUCUCAUUCUGCAGAAACAAAUGUCCAUCUUAAAGUUUUAAAGAAAAAUACAUGUAAAAGAACAAUGAGAUUUAAUAAGUCAAGGGGAGAUGUAAGUCCUUUUGCAUCCAACUAGGUGAAAUAUUUCAGAUUUUCUCUGGUACCAGCAUGUACCAGCUCAAACUCUUUAAACCACUUAGAAUAGACUAAUGCAGUUUCUGAAAGACACUUCCAUAAAAUCCUGAUUCUGAUCACAACUUCUUUACCUCCAUGAGGAAAUUUGUGUGUAACCACGUGUCUGUUAAGGUUGUUUUUGCUUUUACUAACGCUCAGGAAAGAUCUUUAAUAGCUUUUAAUAUUUUUUUAUCAUUUCAGUUUAAAUAUUUUUAAUAACAACCUAUUUUAUAAUGUUUUGUAUCUCUUGAAAUUUAUUUACCCAACCAGAUAAGUAUUUUCUAUUGAUUAGUUCCCAACCUUAGUUCAACAGGUUAUUAAUCUAUCUUUAUAAUCCAGUGGUUUUUCUUUUAACAUCCAGAUAAAAUAAAAAUUGCUAUGGAACAUGACCAACUUUUGGGGUUAAACAUAAUCAGAAAAGAAAAUCUAGUUAAAUUUGUCAUACGAGAUUUUAAGAUUCUAGAUCCCGAAUGAAGCAAAGGCAUUUUCAUCUUGACAGCCCCGUAGCUCAUUGGACAUAGUCUUUCUUUCCGAUUACUAUCUUUCCAAUCACCAUCUUUUGUAAUAACAAAUUUCUAAAUCCUCAUUUAUGUUUGGGUUUGGAUGAGGACAUUGAUGUUUUUAUAAAUCUUCUCCUCCAAUAUAAAACCUAUGCAACAACAGUGCUUUGGCAGUGGGAAAUAGUUAUCUUGAAGAUGUUGCCAAAUGCAAACAAAGAUUGUCUGUGCUUGAUAGUAAAUAUGCCACAUCUGUAGCAUUUUAGUAUCUAUCUGCUUUAAGUUAAUCAUCUCAGAGUCUUUGUAAUUCCCUUAUGUCCUUGGCCCUCUACAUUUGAGAUAACAAAUGACUUAAUAUCAUAGAUUAGUUCAUAUAUGGUAGGUAGGAGAUUAUAUUCAAGAAAACGAAUAAAAUUACUUUUCAACUUUUAUAAUUGUAAAAUACUUCAUUUAAUACAGGUUACAAAACUGCUAAGAAAGCAUACCACGUUUUAUCAGUAUUUUCAAGGAACUGGGGCCUAGGUAUGAGACAAAAAAGAAAAGGGAGACUUAACACCUAACAUUCGUAAAAAUUAAAAUACAUUUGGAUGAUGUUUUCAUAGGAAAUAUUUUUCAAACUUUGGGAGAAUUUUUUUAAAAGAAGAGCUGUAUUACCUAACAACAUAUUUUAUACAAGUGUACUUACAUGUAUUUAUUAUUUUCAACUUGUAUAGUUGUCAGAUAUUUUAACACAGGAUGCAGAGCAGCUAAGAAAGUAAAAUAUUUUACUAUUUUAGCAUUUUCAAAUAAUUUUUCGGUGUGUAGGGCAAAGAAGGAAAAGAGACAUAGCACCUGACAUGCAUAAAAUUAAAGUAACACAUUUUUGAUGAUAUUGGCAUAAAAAUAUUUUUAAAGAAGCUGGUAGAAUUCAACAACCAAAACAGGGAAGAACAAUAUUAACUAAUUAAAUGUUUCAUGCAAAUAUAAUGUAUUGAUACGGAUUUGUGUUACUUUCAUGUACUAUAUAUUUUUAAGAAUUAAAAAAGCCCUUGAAGAUCC